UAUGGCGACUUCCAGUGAACGAUAAACAGUGUUCCGCCCGUGUGAUACAGAAUUGUGAGAAGAGCAGGGAAGGGUGCACACCUCUGGAUGAUUUGAAUGAUCUCCCGGCAUAACGAUGAGUGUGUUAGAGAGUAUCAAGGGUACUUUCCACAGUGUACAGCAGGAUAUAUUUGACGGUCUGAAGGCACUGACGUCACUGGAUGCUCAGCCUCGACAGGAUAUCCUCAAGCGAUUGCGAUCAGAUGGAGUCAGUCUCGAUGCAGGGGCAGAUUUGCUCAACAAAUAUCAGAGGACAUGGAAGGAGCUUCAGACGUACACCUCUCGUACAGCCAAGAAAGCCGAGGAGGUGGACAGCGAGAUCGGUCAGCUGUACAGCAAUUGGAACAAACAGGUGGACAUGGUCAGUCAGAUGGAAGAGGAGGUCGCUGAACUGCCGGAUGUUGUCACACUCGUCAAGAAACUGACCACGGAUCUGGGGUACAUCAAGCGGGACUGUGAGGUCGUGGAGGGGGCCCUGGAGAGGUUGGAGAAUGUUGUUGAGGAACUGGAGCAUCAGAAGAACAAGAAAGCUCACCUGGUUCAGCUUGCAACUUACAAAAAGAAAAAGAUGGAAGAGGUGGAGAAGGUCAAAGUACAAAUGGCUAAGAGUCAUGCAAGGGCAAUGCAGGAUUGUGAUCGGCGGCGCCAAGCGAGCCUGAAGGAGAGACAGGAAGCCUUCAGCGAGGCCUUCACGGAAGACAUGGACUUCUACAAGACACACGGCCACACAGAACAGUUGAAGGUGUCUGACAUUCCGAUGCCCAAGGUGAGCAGUUUGAGUGACAUCACGAUAGAUGACGAUCAGAUGGUCAUUAACAGCUUCCUGGCUUCCACAGAAACAACUCCGUCGAAGGAGCGAGCAGCAGACGAUGACAUAGGUGAUGAUUCUGAGGGAGCAUUCUUCGAAGAUGAUUACACGGCAGAGUAUAACGUACAGGACGAUGAAGACCUUUUGGAGGAUGAUAUCGAUGAGAUGUCACAUGAACCUGUGGAGAGAGAGGAACUUGUGGAAACUGGCAGUGUGAAUACAGACUCUGACGAUGCAAACAUCCCUCCUACAGAGGGGAAGGAGGGAGAAGAGAACAGCGCUGUACCAGACGUCCCUCCAACAGAAAAGAGUCCUAUAGAAGAGAACAAAGAAGAAAGUGGUGCAGAAAAAUCUGAUAAGCCGUCAGAACCUCCCAAUAAUGUCGCUGACCAUGAGCACUCUACAGAGGACGCACAAUGUAGUUGA